AGAGACCGCGCGUGCGCAGCCCGACUGAUCGGAUGCGGUGGUAGCGAUGGAACCCGCGGAGCAGCCGAACGACCUCGUCUCAGCUGACGGCCGAAACCGGAAGGCGGUGCUGUGCCAGCGAUGUGGCUCCCGGGUGCUGCAGCCAGGGACCGCGCUCUUCUCCCGCCGGCAGCUUUUCCUUCCCUCCAUGAGGAAGAAGCCAGCUCUGACUGAUGGCAGCGAUCCUGACCCUGCCGGUGAUCUCCUGCAGGAGCACUGGCUGGUUACCGACAUGUUCACCUUUGAGAACGUGGGCUUCACCAAGGAUGUGGGCAACAUCAAGUUUUUGGUUUGCGCAGACUGUGAGAUUGGACCCAUUGGCUGGCAUUGCUUAGAUGACAAGAACAGUUUCUAUGUGGCUUUGGAACGGGUUUCCCAUGAGUAACUGCGGGAUGGGGACUUGGCAGCACCCCACCUAUAAAAGUUCUCCCUCAAGAACUGGC